AUGAUGUUCGCCGUGCCUUCACUCCCACCGACUCCAGGCUUUGCAGCUCCAAUGGGUCGUGCUCCAAGAAAAAGAUCAGCGUUCGCAGUUCCAGUUGGACCAGCACCAAAAAGAAGAUCUCCUCCAAACGUCUCUAGACCACGAAUCUUAUCUCCUAUUGCUCCAGCAAUGUUCAUCCGACACAUCUCAACAACCCGUGCAGUUCGCCCUCCUCCUGAGCUUCUGAUGACCGGUUCCUGUGUCAAAUCUCUUCAACGAAAACUGGCCUGCUUGACAGUUCUGGUCAAGCAUCCGAACUCCGAGAUGCACCUCCCAACCAUCAUGAAACUCAUCCAUCUGGUUCACACUCUCAUUGCCAAUCGAUCCACCGAAGCCACUGAAUCUACAAUCAGAAAGUACCAGGAACGUCUCGCCACCAUGAAGGAUCUCGAGGAGAUAUGUGUACGAUGUGUGAUCCAAGGAGAGAAUAUGAAAGAAGUUAAGGACGCGAUCAAAGCGAGACAACUCCAAAUUUCUGUCUAA